CACCGGCACCGGCACCGCACCCAGAGCCGGAGCGAAGCAGAGCCGCCCCGGCCGAGCCGCUUCCCUUCAGUGAUGGCCUUGCCAGAGCGCCCAGAGGCCGUCCUGCUGCCCAGGAGCUGCUGCCACCCCCAGGGAGCUGCCAGCGGCCAUGCUGAGCUGGCUGGCUGCAAGAUGACCCUCACCACCACCACACCAGCCACCAGUGUGGCCCAGGCCUUCUUCUGCCUCCUGCUCUGCAUCCCCUGGGGCAGCUCCUGCCCCCCCAGCUGCCAGUGCACGGAGCGGGCUGGGGCAAAAGCUGUCCUCUGCAGCUCCCGGCACCUGGAGGAGAUCCCCAAGGACAUCCCCAGAGAUGUGGUGUUCCUCAAGCUGGACGCCAACAGCAUAACCAGGAUCCCCAGCAAUGCCUUCAGGCACCUCUCCCACCUGGAGGAAAUCGACCUCUCCAGGAAUGCCAUUGAGAAGAUUGACAGGGCAGCUUUCAGAGGGGUGGCAGCUGGGCUGCGGACCCUUGACCUCUCCAGCAACCGCAUCCGCAGCAUUCCCAAGGAGGCCCUGCUGGCACUCAGUGCCAAGCUCCGGCUGGCCAACAACCCCUGGCAUUGCGAGUGUGCCUUGCAGGAGGUGCUGUGGGAGGCACGGCUGGACCUGGACUCCAUCCAGGACAUCACCUGCCACACGGCUCCGCGGGAGGAGUACGUGGGCAAGCCACUGCUCCAGGUCCUGGAUGCCGGCGUCAACUUCUGCAGCGUGCGCCAGAGGACCAUGGACAUCGCCAUGUUCGUCACCAUGUUCGGCUGGUUCGCCAUGGUCAUCGUCUACAUCAUCUGCUACGUCCGGCACAACCGGGAGGACUCCUGCAGGUACGGGGACUACCUGAGGUCACUGCCGAGCGCCCAGCCCCACGCAGAGACCACCAGCACUGCCCUGUAGCGUGGGGCUGGAGCUCCAGCUUCCACCUUCUUCAAAGACAGCCGGUGGCCACCUGGUGGGCAUCAACGCUUCUUGGCAGGACUCCCCAGUGCUUUCUUCAGACAAGUGCCACCACUCCCCCCUCCCCAGUGACACUGGACUGAGUGUGAGCAAACUGCCUGGGGGAGGAUGCCAGGGACACCCCAUGUGGGCCUGUCCCUGGAGACCAAGUUCCUGGGAACAAACAUCCCCAGCCAGACCCAACCAGAGCUGGGCUCGCAGGGAAUGCAGCCCCAGCCCCAUGCUUGUUCCUGGCAGGGAGAGAUGAAUUGUGUGGCCAGGAGAUCCCUGGGGUGCAGAGGGUCACUGCAGAGGGGUCACCCCAUCCUGGCCCCAGUGAGGCAUCAGCCUUGCAAGGGCAGGACAUCCUCCCCAA